AUGGCAGAAGAGACCCUCCCCUCCCCCUCCGCCAGGCUGCGCGCUCUCCGCCUGCAGCGGGAGUGGCUGGAGUGGGAGGACAGGCGCAGGGCAGCAGCCCAGCUCUGCCGGAGCCAAAGGUGCCCCCCAGGUUCUCCGGCCCGACUGGCGAGGCCCCGCCGCUCCUGCCGAGACCCAGCGGUCCACAGCGCCCUGUUCUCCGGCGACCUGCAGCAGGUCCAAGCCCUGUUCCAAGACGAGGAUGCCGCCAACAUGAUCGUGGAGACAGUGAGCAACCAGCUGGCCUGGUCGCAGGAACAGGGGCUCUGGAUACUGACCCCCAAGACCAAGCAGACAGUGCCCCUCACCAUUGCUGCGGCCCGAGGCUACACCGCCUGUGCCCGCCACCUCAUCCACCAGGGAGCUGAGCUGGAUGCCCGGGUUGGGGGCCGGGCUGCCCUGCAUGAGGCAUGUGCCCAGGCCCACUCCGACUGCGUGCGGCUGCUGCUGGCCUUCGGCGCCAAAGCCAACGUGCUGUCUGAGGAAGGCACAACCCCCCUGCACCUCUGCACAGCGCCGGAGUCCUUACAGUGCGCCAAGCUGCUGCUGGAGGCGGGAGCCGCUGUGGACGCGGCGGCGGGGGCCAGCGAGGUGACAGCCCUGCACGUGGCGGCGGCGCGCGGCCUGCGGGGGCACGUGGCCCUGUACCUGGCGCACGGGGCCCGCGUGGGGCUGCGCACCAGCCAGGGCGAGACGGCGCUCAACGCAGCCUGCGCCGGCGCCGAGGGCCCCAGCGAGGGCCGGGAGCACCAGGCGGUGGCGCGCCAGCUGCUGGAGGCCGGGGCCGAUGCCCGGGCGGCCGGCCGCAAGCGCCACACGCCCCUGCACAACGCCUGUGCCAACGGCCGCGGCGCCCUGGCCGAGCUGCUGCUGCGCCACGGGGCCUGCGCCGGGGUCUCCAACGCGGCGGGCCACACGCCCAUGGACUGCGCGCUGCAGGCCGUCCAGGACGCCCCCGGCGGGGAGCCCGAGGUCCUCUUCCGUGCGCUGCUGGACUAUGGGGCCCAGCCAGUGCACCCUGAGAUGCUGAAACUCUGUGCCAACCUCCCUCGGGCACUGGAAGUCCUACUUAAUGCUUACCCCUGUGUUCCAUCCUGCGCCUCCUGGGUGGAGGCAGUCCUCCCGGAGCUGUGGCAGGAGCAUGAAGCCUUCUACAGCUCGGCCCUGGCGAUGGUGAACCAGCCCCGGCGGCUGCAGCACCUGGCCCGGCUGGCUGUGCGUGCCCAGUUGGGUAACCGCUGCCGCCAGGCUGCCGAUAGCCUCCCGCUGCCCCAGCCACUCAGGGACUACCUGCUGCUGCGUGUGGAGGGGCGCAUCCAGUGA